GCUGCCUCUGUCAAAGUCAACAGAAAUUCCAGUCAAGAAAUCAAUCUAGAAGACCAUGGAAUAUCAAUGUACCUUCCUCCUGGAGCGGUUCCACCUGAUGUUUCUUGUCAGAUCACCCUAACCAUCUGUAGAGAAAAUACCUGUGUCGAUAUCACUGAAGGUGAAUCAAUGGUCUGCUAUGGGAUCAAGUGUGACCCUCAAACUUUGAUCUUCAACCAACCUGUUACGAUCACUAUACCACACUCUUCCUUGGUCGUCCAUCCAGAGCAAGUAAAACCAGACAUCGUUUGUCGUGUGUGGGACUCUAUCAAGGAUCUACCGAAAACUCUAAGGAAGCAAUCAUCCAACUCACCAGAAACACCACCAUACUGCAGACUUUACGAAAGACAUCUUGAGCUGUACAUCAGCCACUGUGCAGAGUGGUGGGUUCUGAUUCCACUCGAACAACAGGUGAUUCGACAGCGGAUAAUGUGUACUCCAUACGUCCCAGACAGGAUCAAAAGAGGACAAGAGCUUGCAGUUAAUCUUCAGUUGUGUAACGACCUACCUGGAAACGAAGCGGUCAGUAUUAAACAUCGUCGCUCCAUAUAA